AUGGGCGGAAAAGGCAAGAAGAAAGGAAAGAAGCAAAAACAAGCCACAGCAUCAUCUGGAGUAGCUGAAGAAGGUGGUGAGGAGAAUGGAGAAAGUGGAAAUGGAGGCAAGAAAGGGAAAAAAGGAAAGAAAGGCAAAGCUGGCAAGUCAUCAAAAUUCCAAGGCGACAUUUUUAGUGAAGCUGCUAUGGAAAAUGCCUAUUAUGUUUGCCAUAAUCUGAUGGAUGUGCUGAAAGCUCGCGGCUUUGCAUGGCCGGAAUCUCAAAAGAAAAAGAAGAAAGGAAAGAAAUAAUGAUCAAACUUUUUUUUAUGGUAUAUCCAGCGCAUGUUUUAUUCUCUAUUGUGUCAACUCACCAUUUUUCGACUCGAAAUUUACAAUCAAAAUUCAUCUACAUUAGCUCUAUUUAGGAACUUUCUUUCACUCCAUUUGCUUAUCUAUUCAGGAACUUGGACGUGAUAGUCUCG